AUGACGUCACGUCUGGCUGGAAGGUGGAAGACAGCCAGUGGGUGGGCUGGGCUGUGGUCGCUUUUACAUCGCAAAAAUCACGUUUUUGAGACCUCUUUUAACCUAAACAGGGAAAACGUCAGCGUCACAGAAUGAGUUAGAGGCGUUACUCGGUGUGUGCCAGUGCACUGAAACAUGGAUAGAUGCAGCGUCCACGUCCUCCUGCUGCUCCUGCUGCAGACCCUGCAGACAUGUGCGGAGGGCUCAGGUGGACAUUUAUUGUGUCUGUGUGACACCCCUAAAUGCCAGGACACCCAGUGCCAUGGCUCGAGCUGCUUCUCCUCCGUCAAAGUCACGAGCGGCGGGGUGGAGUUUGAGCGCGGCUGCCUGGAGGGGCCGGAGAAAAUCCGUUUGCAUUGCUCCACCGCACCGUCCUUCCACCAAGCCAUCCUCUGCUGUUACAAAGACGUAUGCAACAGCAACACAAGCAGCAGCUCACUGAUGUCUCACCUUCUCACAGUCCCAGAAGGAGAGCCAGUUCGGUAUCGUGUGGAAACCUUAGCCCUCUUCGUGCUGGGUCCGGUGGUGGUUCUUGGUUUGCUGUCUGUAGUGUCAGUUUUGGCCUGCAGGAGGCUUCACCACGGCCGCCUGCAGAGGCUGCAGGAGUUCGAUACAGAGCAGGGAGCCGUAGACGGCCUCAUAAGCUCCAACGUGGGAGACAGCACUUUAGCGGACCUGUUGGACCACUCAUGUACAUCAGGCAGCGGUUCAGGUCUUCCCUUCCUUGUGCAGAGAACAGUGGCCAGACAGAUCAGUCUGAUGGAGUGUGUAGGUAAGGGGAGGUAUGGAGAGGUGUGGAGGGGGCAGUGGCAGGGAGAGAACGUGGCUGUAAAAAUCUUCUCCUCAAGAGAUGAGAAAUCCUGGUUUAGAGAAACAGAGAUCUACAACACAGUGCUGCUAAGACAUGAAAACAUACUCGGCUUCAUGGCGUCCGACAUGACUUCUCGCAACUCCAGCACCCAGCUGUGGCUCAUUACCCAUUACCACGAGAACGGCUCUCUCUAUGACUACCUGCAGCGGGUUGCCGUGGAGACGUCAGAGGGCUUGGCGAUGGCUGCGUCGAUAGCGUGCGGCCUGGUGCAUCUGCACACGGAGAUCUUCGGCACAGAGGGAAAACCGGCCAUCGCACACCGGGACCUGAAGAGCAAAAACAUCCUGGUCACAAAGGAGCUGCGCUGCUGCAUCGCAGACCUGGGGCUGGCUGUGACCCACUCGCAGGCAGACAACCAGCUGGAUGUGGGCAACAAUCCAAAGGUUGGCACAAAGCGUUACAUGGCGCCAGAAGUGCUGGACGAGAGCAUUCAGAUAGACUGCUUCGAUGCAUACAAGCGGGUGGACAUCUGGGCCUUUGGGCUGGUGCUUUGGGAGAUAGCAAGACGCACCUACAGCAACGGCAUUGUUGAGGAGUACAAGCCUCCGUUCUACGAUCAGGUGCCGAACGAUCCGAGCUUUGAGGACAUGAGGAAAGUCGUGUGUGUGGAGCAGCAGAGGCCUUUCAUUCCUAAUCGAUGGUUCUCUGAUCCUACUCUCUCGGCUCUGGUGAAACUGAUGAAGGAGUGUUGGUACCAGAACCCGUCUGCCAGGCUUACAGCCCUACGCAUCAAGAAAACCCUGGACAAGAUCCACAGCUCUCUGGAGAAAGGAAAGGAGUCGUGAGAGGAGCCUCAGAGGCAGCAGCCUGAAGUCAGAGAUCAGCUUAGUAACGGCUUCCUUUUUUUUUUUUUUUUAGUUUAACAAGGUCGAUAAAGGGAACGGACAGAGGAGAGAGUUUAAGGUAUCAUCCAGCCUCAUCGUCUUUGCUCCCUCGUGUUUCCUGUGGUCGUCUUCCACCGACGCCCUUCUUCCUCUCUGACUUCAAACCAACGCAGACGUUUUGGAUCUGUUGUCGUCUGAAUAUGCCAGCCUUUGCUACAGGACUCAAACCCAAUGUGCUCGCACUGACCAGAACUGUAGACUGUUACUAAGUGUGAACAACCGCGGAUGGCAUAUUGUAGUGCUCCAUCCUAAUGCUUUAACGCCCACUGUUGACUGCUCUCACACACACACACACAACACUACAUACUAUCACAGAUCAGUUACUGAUCCCCAGCCGAUGUUUGCAGCAUCGAGGCUGCAGCUUUUAUUCUCAAAGACAAUCAAACAAACUUUGUAAUCAUUGAACUUUAUCUGAACACGCCGACUCUUUAACUAAACACUCACACGAGUAAAACCACACUCAAAUGUUCACUUCCAAAAGGAAAAGAGCCAAAAGAAUCAAAGCUGUUUUUAACACUUUUAAAUAAUAUUUAUGUAUUAAAUCCAAUGCUACCACACUACUGAGGAUGUGCAAGACUGAUGUGUGCGAUGACGCGUGACCCCCCCCCCGACUGUAUAACGAUAUGUAGGCAUUUACUGUACUUUCUGUUCCCCUAUUUGUCUUUGUUGGCGCUAGUAGGAAAUGCUUUGAUGUGGAAAGCAGCAAAUUUAAUAGAAAGAAAAUAUGCGAACCUGCCACUAAAGGUUAGUCUGUAUCUUAUAAUAAGAACGAGUAUGAAAUGGACUGAUCCUCUCUGCCUGCCACACUUCAUACCGUCACUGUGGCUCGUUUGAAUUAAGUCUUCUGUGCAGGCAGGGAGGAGUUGAGGGAGGCUUGUUUGUGGCAGAGCGGACAUUUUUUUGAAUUUUUUUUUAGACACGUUUUCUAAAGCGAGUGGGGCCUCCCAUGUAACGUCUCUCGUCUCCCAUAAUGCCAGUCUGUACAAGCUGCCUGAAUAACAAACAAAACAAACACUCCCAUCAUCCGUCUUUUAUUCAAGAUUCAACAAUCAAAGUCGCCUACUAAUGAGUUUGUUCACAAAUGCUGGGUUUUAUUUUGGAAGGAAAAUGUAUCUGUCUUUUUUUAUAUGUAAUAAAAACAUGUACUUGA